CAAAUUCACUCUCCCUCGUCUCUCUUAGAUCGCGCUCGAUCCAGCCAUCCGGAUUCUCGAUUUCUCUAGUCAUGGCUUGCGGCCGAUCAUCGCCGUGCCGCCGCUGGCUGAUAAUGCGCGGUCUCUUCCACUACUGGUGGCUCUUCGCCGAGCUGGGGCUGAGCGUGGCGGUACAUUUCACGUACGCGAUGACGAUCGUGAGCACGGUGCUGCUAGGUGACGCGAUCCAGCUAUGCUGCAGUAGCUUCCGGCGGCGAAUCAGGGCUUCCAGGGUUGUGGCGUUGCAGCCCGAGGACGAAUCGGAGGAAGAGACUCACAUGUUCUUGGCUAACAAGGAGGUGAGAUCGCCGCAGGAGAGCAGCGCCACGACGCACCACGGGACAUUUCUCGACGGCCACGAGAAGGCCCCCAUUGUUCUUGUCCAUGGGAUCUUUGGAUUUGGCAAAGGGAAACUUGGGAACAUUUCUUACUGGGCUGGAGCGGAAGAGAAGGACGAGAGAGUGCUUGUUCCGGACCUUGGUUCGCUGACAAGCAUCCAUGACAGGGCUCGUGAGCUCUUUUAUUAUCUCAAAGGUGGGAUUGUCGACUACGGCUUUGAGCACAGCCAACACUACGGACACUCGCAGUUUGGCAAGAAUUAUGGCCAAGGUCACUAUCCUGAAUGGGAUGAAAGCCACCCCAUUCAUUUCGUGGGACACUCCACUGGUGCGCAGGUUAUUCGUGUUCUUCAACAAAUGCUUGCAGAUAAGCACUUUGAAGGUUACAACGAGUCUACUGCUGAUUGGGUCUUGAGCCUGACUUCGCUAUCUGGAGCUUUAAAUGGCACCACCAGAGUCUACAUCGAUGGUCUCAACCUCGAUGGGAAAACAAUGAAAACGGUGUCUCUUCUACAGCUUCUCAAGAUAGCCGUGCUUGUCUACGAGUGGCUGGAUAUUCCUGUCUUCAAAAAGUACUAUGGUUUUGGCUUCGAGCACUUUACACUCCCGUGGCACAAGAUUGGACUCAGAGGCCUGGUGAAGUGCUUGGCUGGUCAUUCGGGUCCAUUUGCAACCGGAGACUGGAUCCUUCCAGAUCUAAGCAUCCAGUCCGCUGUAGGGAUCAACAGCAACUUGGGAACUCACAGGAACACAUUCUACUUCAGCUAUGCGACGAAAAGGACCACAAAACUCCUUGGACGGAUCGUGCCUUCGAGGCUCCUUGACAUCCAUCCGCUGCUGAUGAUAAGAUCGCUGCAAAUAAGCUGUUGGAAGCAUCCAUUGCCGGAUAUCCCAUACGAAGGCUACAGGGACGAAGAUUGGCAAGACAAUGACGGCGCAUUGAACACCAUAUCCAUGCUUUAUCCCCGGUUUCCAUACUCUCACAAGAACUGUCCUUUGGCACCGGAUUUUAAAGAUGGCCAAGCUUUGCAACCUGGAGUUUGGUAUUUUACCAUCCUCGAAGCCGAUCACAUCUAUUUUAUCGUCAAUAGAGAUAGAGCUGGGAUUCACUUCGAUGUGUUAUACGAUAGCAUCUUUAGGAGAUGUAGGAAAGAGUUGAAGAGAUCGUGGUCGAGCAUUAGAAGGUCUCGCUAAAUAAAAAGGCCAACUUUGAUGAGA